GGUCUUUUGCUCCAGUAAACAAACCAUCCCGGAUCGGAGGUGGUCCACAGAACGCAACAUUCAGCAUCUGCUGCGUUGUCCUGAUCGGGAUUUGUGCGGACGUGUCAUGAAAGCAGACCCGACGCAGCUAGCCCGCUAAUCAGUUAGCUUGUUGCUUCGUUCUCCUUUAUUGCGGAAACGAUGAAGAGUCGAGCAGAUGAGGAAGACUAUUGGAACACGUCCAAGUUUAAAGCGUUCACCUUCGAUGAUGAAGACGACGAGUUGAAAGAAUCCAAAGAGGCGGUGAAGAGCCUCCCGCAGCUGCUGGACCAAGAUGAGCCAGAACUCAUGGAGAAGGUCAACUGGAGCGGCGAGCCCGUGGGAAGCAUCUCGUGGUCUGUCCGAGAGACGGCGGCGGCAUCCGUUGGCGCCACGGACGGCGAGGCGGCCUUCCCCGCCCGGAUCCACGCGGACGCUCCUAGCCUGACCAAGGUCAACUCGGGCUACUCGCUCAGCUCGCUCUUUAAAGGAAGAAGAGGAACAAACGUUGCAAUGUUCCCUGAUGCAUCAGGCGACUCAUCGGGCAGAAUCGUGGCUCCGGAAAUCUUAAGACCCAAACGCGAAAAGCAGGAUCUGUUUGGUGACUGGUCGCCUCAAGAGGCCAUCAGCAGGAUGCAGCAAGGGAAGGCAGUGUCGCUGGAGCGUUUCCGGUGCCUGCAGGACAAAAUGCGGCUGCUGGAUUUGGCGGUUGACGUUCACGACGGGAACGUCAUCACGGCGGUUUUAAUUUAUCUGAAGAAAAGUUUGAGCAAAGAGGUUUUGGUUGGCGAGCUGGCGACGCGUCAGACGGCGCUGAGACAUUUUGUCAACUACUUAAGCGAGAGCGGAGAGGAUGCCCUGCUCAUGGACGUCUACAGAGCUCUCGGACGCACGGAGGAUGAAGCGCUGCUCCAGUACAAACAUCACCUGAGCAUCUCGGAUGAAAAGAAGAGGCGGGACUUCCUCAAGAGCUGCCUCAGCUUGCAGUUUUCUGCUGAAGACCAAGUCCAGGUCCAGGUCCAGGUGUCUCUGCUGGAGCGGCAGAUGCUCAUUGAGGCUGCGGAUAAGCAGGCCGAGCAAGGAGGGAAGGUGGAGAUCUUCCAGAAAUUUCCUCGGAGAGCCUCCAUCCUCCACAUGCCACUCAUCACCACCUUGUACUACUGCUGCUUCUACCACUACGGCCAACCCGAGGGGAGCUCCAGCAGCCCGCUCAACAUCCGCCAAAGCUUCAAGGUAUCGGAGAAGCAGUUCUUCGUCACGGCGUUGAGCGCUCGGGCCAAGCAGAAGGCGUGGAGCGACGUGGACGCGCUCUUCGCCAGUCGCAGCUGGCUGGGCUUCACCCGGAAGAAAUCGCUGCUCGCCUACCAAAAGGUGGUCGACAUCCUGCACAGAAACUCCGCCCCCGUGCAGGUGCUGCAGGAGUACGUGGGCCUGGUGGACGACACCGACGUCAGGAUGGCGCUGGCAGUCAAACACAAAUGUCACGACCUCAUCAUCAACACGUACCGAGACUUAAAAGACCGACGCAUGUUGCUUGGAUACCGGGAGAAGGUGGAGGCGGGCUCGGCGGAACAGUACAAGAUCGACCAGCUGCUCAAUAAUUCGCAAAUCCGGUGGAAGAAUUGAGCGGCAACUUUCUCUCUGCAAGUCAAGCCGUCAUCAUUUUCACAUUUUGAAGAUUCGCUCCUGUAGACAGAAAGUCGAAAAUGAACACGAGUGCAUCGAAAGGUUUGAUUCAUUCCCUUUUAGGUUUAUGCAAAAGUUUUGUCUACUUACCUUGGGCAAAGCGGUGCUGUUGUUCUGAUGCUCCCUGUUUGUACAAAUCAUGUGAUCUUUCCACACGGUGUCUGCUUUACCGUUUUCAAAAACAUUCGUUGCACCAAAACGCACGCCAAAUAAAGUAUACAGUAUGUGGAUACAGUACACCAUGUACUUGCGUACAUUGUCAGUGCUGAGAUGGAAAUAGCCACUACGAAAGGUUUGCUGCCGCCUUGUGGCUUUAUGUGACAUUACAGUAUUUUACUGUGUUCCGUUCCACCAGUCAUAUUAUGUAAUAGGAGGAAAUAAAUUGUGUGCUGUUGUGU